UUAUAUUUUAAAUAAAAUAAUACAGAAAAGAAGAUCAAGCAUAGAUUAAGCAAGUGAGAAGAGCGCAAGCUCUACUAUACGGCUUUAGGCCUAUUCUACAAUACGUUAUAUGUCGUGUAAAAUAUCGGAAUACAGCCGAGAGCACAAAGAAAGAAUUUAAUCUUUCGAAAACAAAUUCUCAUCGGUCCAUCAGCUGCGUUCCGACAUCCGACAACGACAUACGACGUAUUGUCGAACGAACUUUUUGCAAGAUUCACACUGAAAAGGGCUCCUAUUGGCUAUCGAAUUGUCAUAUGUUGUACAUCGGACGCCGUGUGUGAAUCCUCUUUAAGUCUAAUUCAAACUUGCGUCCUCCAUCACAAUACGCCAUAAUGCGUGGAAUAAAUCGAAAGUGGAGUGAUGCGAACUCCAGAUGAGAGAUUUUGAACAGCUGAGAUUUUCCGAGAUAAAUUAUAUCUGUUUACACAAGCGUAAAGCUUUUGAAAGAGAGAAAACGGAGAAGUGUGAACAGUGUAAUUAUGUAAACCACCGGUUCACGUUGAAUUUGUAUCUCUCAAUCAUGCAUACGUACACUUCGGGGAUGCAUCCUGCUGCCGCGGUGGUGCGGUGACAUUGACAGCGUCGCGUCGGUGCGAAAACCUUGCAUUGGUAAUAGCGAUGACAAAUGUAAAUAGACGACGUCGGUAGGCAGACAUUGCGCAUACUCGCAAUUAAUACGAGGAAAAAUUCUGCAGAAUUGUCAACCAGAUGCUCACAAUCGGUAUUCCUUAACGACUGUAUUCUCUUGUAAUUAUCAAUUGUACCAUGAUGGGAAUACUGUACGAGAAGAGGCCGUUGAAAAGGCCGCGACUCGGUCCCCCGGACGUUUAUCCCCAAGAACUGAAACAGAAGGAAGAUGAGCUUUCGCUUACUAAUGUCAAGCAUGGCUUUACCACUACGAUCCAGCUGACAGAAGAGUGUGGAACAGCUAGAAACAACAAUGUCACUGCUGCGAAGGUUGGCGCGUAUUUUAAUGCGAUCCUCGCCAAGAAGGAAGAACUCGCGACGAUGCCUGAUACUGGCAGGAAGAGGCAGCAGAUCAAUCCCAAGGACAACUUCUGGCCAGUAACAGCCAGGACAAAGAACGGCAUUGAAGCAUGGUUCAAGGACCUCUCAGGCAGUAAGCCAUUGGUCGCUCUUGCGAAGAAGGCUCCUAACUUUAAUAAAAAAGAAGAAAUAUUUAUGAUGCUCUGUGAAUAUCAAGUACCAAUGUUAAGAGCAGCUUGGUUUAUUAAGCUCAGUUCGGCUUAUACAGUUGCUGUUUCGGAAGCUAAAAUAAAGAAACGCCAGCUGCCUGAUCCAACCACAGAAUGGACAGGUACUCUUAUAAAAUUUUUGAAAGAUCAGUUGUCCAAACUGCAAGAAUAUUAUCAUAUGGGCAAUCAUGCAGCUAAUAUUAGUAACAAUAAUAGUACAACAAAUAAUUCCUGCAACAGUAAUGGGACUACUGGAACAAGCAGUAGCAACAACAGCAGCAGUAACAGUAACAAUAGUAGUAAUAACAAUAAUAGUGUUAAUAGUAAUAGCACAAGCAAUAACACAAGCAAUGGCUCUGUCAAUAAUCAACCACUCACACCUACUUCAAGCAGUUUGUCUGUGACAGGCAAUACAAUGAAUGAAGAACAUAAAUUAGCGCUUAAACAGUGGCAUUAUUGUGUACAAUUGGCUAAAUAUAUGUUUGAAGAGGGCUUAUUGGAUAGACAAGAAUUACUACAAUGGAUUCUAGAACUAUUGGAUAAAAUAAGAUCUUCUCCAUCUGAAGAUGGUAUAUUGAAGUUGUUAUUGCCAUUAGCUUUGCAAUAUUUAGAAGAAUUCAUACAAUCAGAGUUACUAGCCAGGCGAUUAGCAUACUUAUGCUGUCGUAAAUUGGCAUACAUGUGUAAUAAUGUCGAGAGCAACAACAAUCCUCAGAGUCCAUCUAUUAUUAAAAAUGAAGUUAAUGGCAACAAAGACACUACUGUUGCUGUUCAAGGGCCAUUAAAUCCUCUGACGGUUGCUUUCAAUGAUUAUUUGACUUGUGCACAUCACAGAGAUGUAAUUUACAGUUUAGCUACUAUAAUACAGGUCAUAACAUUAGAGUGUCCCACCGCAUUGGUCUGGAACAGCGUCGGUGAGGGAAAGGCUCCAUCAGUUUUGAAUGGAUCACCUUUAGACUAUUUACCAUGUCCGCCUGCAGCUUUGCCGUGUCCACCCGCGAGUUCUGGCAAUCCUACAAUGAAACAACUGAGAAUUGCGCAGGAAAAUAUAAGAGCUCGAUCUCAGGCAGCGGAAGGUAGAUGGUCGUGCGACAAAUGGCAACAAAGCAGCGCUGGAACAACGACUACCAAAGUGCUAGCCGCGCUAGAUGCCCUUGAUAGACACAGUUUUGAUAAAAUGGAUGCCUCUAAUUCACUUGACACAUUGUACGCAAAAAUUUUUACACCACCACCAAAAGAUAAUUCUAACGAACGUGAUGCAAAGACAGAAUAUAAUCCACAACAGGAUUCAGCAGUAGUUGAGAUUCUGUGCGAAUGGGCAGUGAGUGCCGAACGUUGGGGGGAACACAGAGCGAUGGCGGUCGCUAAACUUCUCGAAAAGAGACAGAGUGAAGCUACCGGCGAGACUAAUGAUAAUGAUGAUAAAGACAGCACGUGUAGUAAUGGAAGUCCACCUGUACUUCCAAUAUUUCAACCAUUACUUAUGAAAUUCUUGGAUGUAGAUGCGCCAAUACUUGAUAAUACUUCGACUCAAUCCAAAGCUCAAUUUACAAAUUUAGUUCACCUGUUCUCGGAACUGAUAAGGCAUGACGUUUUCUCUCAUGACGCGUAUAUGUGCACUCUUAUUUCAAGGGGUGAUCUUGUACAAGGCCCAGUAGCUAGCAAACCCGGAACACCUAGCAAUAGAGAACCAAUCGACGAAGAUAGUCUUUUUCCUGGUAUAGAUUUAAAGCCAGCUAAAUUAGAAGUAUCGGAUCAUGGACGUACUAUGGAUUAUGAUGACAGUAAAAUCGAUGAUGAUUUAGAUAAAAUAUUGCAACACAUCAAAGAAGAUCAACAAAAUAGUAUGGAUGCACCAGACAGUCCCAAAGAGGAUGCAUUGACUGGUCAUGGAGGUCAUGAAAGUCUCGAUUCAAAAAUGCCAUCGAGUCAUAGCAGACAUUUAUUAUAUACUACCCAUUUUCCACUACCACAAGAUGAGACGUGUAGUCAACAUGAUUGUAAUCAGCGACAUGUAUUACUUUAUGGUGUUGGACGUGUUAGAGAUGAAGCUAGGCAUAUUGUUAAAAAAAUGACAAAAGAGGUGUGCAAAUUGUUCGGCAAAAAAUUCAGCAUCGAUGUUGCCGAGGGAGGCAAAGUAAAGAAACAUUCUCGAAGUGAAUUUAAUUUUGAAGCUGUCACUAUAAAGUUCCAAAAUCUAAGUUACUUCGAUCAGCAUGUUGUAACAUGGCAAUGUGCAACACAAGUGAUAGAAAUGUUGAAUACAUUUGCAUUAGCUGGCUCGUCUUAUUUACCAGUUCAUGAACAUGUCGCUUUUCUUUUUGAUCUGAUGGAAUUAGCAUUAAAUAUAUAUGGCUUAAUUGAUGUUUGCAUACAAAUUUUGAAAGAAUUGCCAGAAGUGGAAGCACAAUUGACAGUUAGAAAUAGUCAAUUAGUUCGAAGUUAUACCACAAAUUUGAGUUUAUAUGUAGUCGGCGUAUUAAGAAGAUAUCAUUGUUGUUUGCUAUUAUCACCCGAGCAGACGACAGCGGUAUUUGAUUUACUCUGCAAAGUAGUGAAACAUGUGUCAAAUCCAAGCGACUGCAGUUCCGCCGAACGAUGUGUAUUAGCACAUUUGUACGAUUUAUAUUCGACGUGUUCUCUUUUGAAAACGAAAUCACACGGAGUGGAAGCGUUUAGUAACGCAUAUCCGAAAAUUCGAGCUGCUCUCUAUAGCACAUUGCAGCCAACGCCUUCGAGUCAUGUUUACAAUUCGCAAUUUAUGGUGGAUGUCUUUACUAGUCCACGAAGAGGCGGAAAAAUUGAGCCACAGUGGGCGAGGCAAUUGAACGAGACACCGGCCAAUCGUUAUAGUUUUGUAUGCAAUGCGAUUGUUGCAGUUUGCAGCGAAACGGAUAAUGAUAAAUUGAAUGAUAUUGCCAUAAUUUGUGCGGAAUUAACUGCUUGUUGCAAUGCUCUUAAUGCCGAAUGGUUGGGAGUACUUAUGGCAUUAUGUUGCUCCUCCAAUAGUUCUGCUUUCUACAUUGAUGUGUUAAAUCAAGUUGAUGUACAGGAUUUAAGUAUACACAAUUCUCUAGCUAUUUUUACAUCAAUUUUAAUUGCAAGGCAUUGUUUCUCUUUGGAAGAUUUUGUUGUGCAUAUAGCACUACCAUCUUUGGUGAAAACGUGUAACGAUGGUCGUGGAGACAUUGAUAUUGAAGUGGAAGCUGGUGCACGUUUAACUUGUCAUUUAUUACUGCGACUCUUUAAAACCGUCGAAUGUCCACAGCCGGCUUUAUAUUCAGUUAGUACGAGUCCUCAUCCACUUCCAAGUGGAAAUUCAAGGGGUUAUAGCAUAAAAUUAAGCUGCGAUAGGCACUUAUUGGCAGCUGCUCACAAUAAUAUAAGAGUAGGGCCAGUACUUGCAGUGCUAAAGGCUAUAUUAGUUGUCGGAGAUGCCACAGCUGCUAAGCAACCCCCGAAAAAAGUCGAUAUACCUUUGAGCCAUUCCAGUAAGGGAGGUGGCCCAGCUAGUGUUGGAGUUGGAGUUGGUGUGAGCAGCAGCGGUCCUGGUGAACUAUCGAUUAGUCAUAUCCUGGGAACUAGUGACAUUUUAGGAGGUGGUGAUGAUCUUGGUCUUGAUCUGGCUAUGUCCUCAUCCAGCAGUAGCGCCGGCAUAACAACGGAAAAUGUCAAGGGAUUUUCUGAUUUUGCUCAUCAUGUUUUACGUCAAAUCUGCAGUCAAGAAUGGGUAUUGGAGAGAUGCCUACAAAAUCCAGAAGAGCUUUGUCAUCAAGAUAUGCUGUUGGACAAUAUGUUAACGCCACGGCAAGCUCAGAAAUUAUUACACAUGAUUUGUUAUCCCGAAACACCAACUGAAGCUUUUAUCGAUCAAAAGACUCAUAUUACAAAUAUUUUGGAAAAUUUGGAACAGUGGAGUCUAAGAAUGUCUUGGCUAGAUCUACAGCUUAUGUAUAAGCAAUUUGCAUCAGGUUCCAGCGAACUUUCUCAAUGGUUGGACACAGUCGCGAAAGCUGCGAUCGAUGUUUUUCAGUUGAAUAACACUUUGAGUAAUAAACCUGACAAAAGAUCGGGUUCUAUAUGGUUAGUUGCUCCAUUAGUUUCCAAAUUGCCGAGUGCGGUACAAGGUAGAGUUUUAAAAGUGGCUGGUCAGGUAUUAGAAUCAGGUAAUUGGUCGAAAACAGCAGGUCGCGAGAGAGGUAGGUCCAAGUCGCCUUCGCUGUUCAAUCAUCAACCUUUUCUAUCACUUGUACUAACAUGUCUGAAAGGCCAAGAUGAUCAAAGAGAGGGUCUAUUGACAUCUUUACAUUCGCAGCUUUCACAAUUUUUAAAUACCAGCAAGGAAGAAAAACACAUCGGUUCCGAAGAUCCUAAAACUAGAGAAGUGCUGCAAGAUGCGCUGCAGUUAAGAUUCAGUCUCGUCGGAGGUGUAUUUGACACGAUACAAAGGAAUACGACUGCUACAACGGAUUGGGCAAUUUUAUUAGUUCAACUGGUCAGCUACGGUGUUAUAGAUUUGAAUAAUAAUGCAGAAUUAUUUACAACCGUUAUAGAUAUGUUAGCAACGCUAAUUCACUCUACAUUAGUAUCAGAUUCGCAAUCCGAGAAAGACGAAAAUAAAAAACACUAUCAAAAUCUAAUGAAAAAAUUAAAGAAAGAAUUGGGUGAUAGAAAUUCAUCGAGCAUUCGCUUUGUCAGACAACUUCUACCACUACCAAAACUAACUAUGGAAGUUAUUACUUGUGAACCCGUUGGAUGUUUAACCGAUACUAAAGGCAACAAGAUCGCUGGAUUUGAUAGCAUUGACAAGAAACAGGGACUGCAAGUAUGUGAUUCUCAAAGAGUGUCAGCAUGGGAACUUUUAGAAGGUCAUAAAAAUCCUGCGCCGCUUUCCUGGGCUUGGUUUAGAGCUGUUCGAUUAGAACGUAAACCGCUUACAUAUCAGAAUGCACACAAACUGUUGCGAUAUCACACGCACAGCCAAAUUCGUCCAGCUAGCCAUUAUCUGGAACCACCUCCAUUACCACCCGAAGAUUUGGAGCCUGACAAGAAGGAAUCGGAACCUGGCAAGGCAGAUACUCCGAUGAGCAUCGAUUCACCAGGUCGAGUUAGCAGCAGCGUCGGUAGCGCCGGGGUUGGUAAUGCUAAUACCAAUGGUAAAGGAAAAGCUAUGAAAAAUAAGCGACAUAACAGACGAGCUAAAGGUGCUGCUACACCUACAACACCUAUAUCACAACAGAUGCAACAACCACCAUCCCAAUUGCAACAAAUGGCAUUUGGCAAUCAACAAGCUCCGGUUGCGCAACAGCCUGGAAUGUUUACUGGGCAACCCCCACAACCUCAACAACAGUGGUACAGCAAUCAACAAACUCACACACCUGCGCAACAAUACGGAUACGGUCAACAGUUGCCACCUACACCAGUUGGUGGACCGCGAUAUGAGAGACCGGGGAUGAAUAAUCAAUCCAAACAAGCUCUAUCGAAUAUGUUACGCUUGCGAUUACCACCGUCCACUCAAUUCAUGGGGUCGCAACAACAACCGCCGAAUACCACGCCGGUUGCUGGGCCAGGCGCGUUCCAAGGAAUGCAGAAGCAAUUCAUUAGACAACAAUUGAGAGCACAGCAUGGAGCGCCUGGUAUAAAUCCGCAGCAAGGCAUGUUUGCGGCACAGCAACAACAGCAACAACAACAGCAGCAACAAGGGAUAUAUGCUGGAAUACAACAAGGUAUGAAUCAAAAUUAUGCAGGAUAUGGUGGACAACAAAUGAUACAGCAGCAACAACAGCAAACACCGCAACAAACGCAACAGCAGCAACAGCAGUUGCUUCAACAACAGCAGCAGCAGCAACAAGGCAUUUUGAAUCAACAACAAAAUAUGAUGUUCCCCAAUCAGCAGCAAAUGAUGGGUCCGCAAAGGGCUCAGGAAUAUAUGCCACAACAGAGAAUGCAACCCAGUGCUGCAAGACCACCAUAUUUACAGGCACCGAAUGUAACAAUGAAUGCAAUGGGACCAAUGGGUGGCGGUGUUCAGAAUCAACCUGCUCCUCCGUAUCGACAAUCCGCUGGAAAACCGGGUACAGUAGGAGUAACAGGAGUAGGAACAGCCAAUGUCAAUUUGCAACAAAAUCAACAAUUUCAACAACAACAGGCAAUAAAUCAACAGCGCAUGAGGCAACAAAUGUUGGCUAUGCAGCAGCAGCAGCAACAAGUACAGCAGCAGCAACAGGCUGCUCAACAGCAGCAGCAGCAGCAGCAGCAACAGCAAGGUGCUGCUGGUGGUCAGCAACCAACGUCACAACUUGUGACGCAUUUACAGAGGCACUUGAGUCAACCGCCUCAACAUUCCUAUCAACAUCAACCGCCACCUUAUUAGAAAUAUAAUAGAGAAAUUGGAUUCAUUUAGAUCAAAUCAUAUAGAAAUAAAAAUAGAUUUAUUGAAUGUCAAACUUUACGUUGCUAAAGAAACAAGCGUAAUUUAUACUUAGAGCAAAAAGACAUGUUCUAAAGAAAAAUUCUUUUAUUGGACUUCUCUCUAAUUUUUUUACUAAUCAAUAUUUUAUAUACAUGUUUGGCCAAAUGCUACUGUAUUUUUUGAAUGGACAUAGCAAAAUUAUGAUGUUCUAAUUACAUCUAAUUACAUAAUUCUUAUACUAAAUGAAAUGCUCAGAUUUUUUUACUAGAUGUUUUAAUAACUGAUAUCGAUUAUAGUAUAUUUAAUUAAUUAAGCAUAAAAAAAGAGAAAAAUGUUUUGUACAUUAUAUAUAAUA